AUUUUUUAACUCUCAUUUUCCUCAUGCAGAGAAGCAUUGGAACUACUCAUUAGAAUUGAAAAUUCUAGCCAUGACUAUCUUUAGAAAGAUGGCUAAAGCUCUUGCUAUGGAAACCACCGAAAUGGAGGAGACUUUUGAAGAGGGUUUUCAGGAUAUAAGAAUGAAUUAUUACCCAACAUGUCCACAACCAGACAAUGUCCUCGUUGAAUAUGUGAUUUCAUCGAAGGUGAUUGAAUGGGGCUCAAAAGGGAGAAUCAUUCCUCUUUUCUUUGCAUGGAUAGCCUCAAAAGCUGCCUCCGACACAGAUGAGGGCUCGGAUGAUGUGCAUAACAGCUUGAGGCUUCUCAAAUGCCGUAUAGAAUGGAAAGUAACGAUGAGUUCUUACUUCAAAAAGGCAAAAUAUGAGAAGAUGAAGAUACUCACGGCUGAGAAAGCAAAAGCUAGAGUAAAGCAAAAGUUGAAUAACAGUGCAAAUCAAAGCAAUGCUCCAAAUCCUAGCCAUUACCAAUAUGCAUCAGUAAAGAAUCCAGAGGACUUUAGAACUUCAAUGCCAAGAGUCCGAGCUGGCAAUUCAUCUCUGCCUCUUGGGCAAGGUCAACCCCCCAACAACCUCCCACCUCUGCUCCCACCUCAGCUCCCAUCUCAGCUUCCACCUCAACUCCCAACUAUGUUCCCUCUUGUUGAUCAUGCAGAAGGAAGAGAUGAAAACCAAUCUCAUACCUCAGCUCACAACUCAACUUCCACCGCCAACCAAGACGUAGUUGCAGCUCAGCUUGCUACCAUGCAACAGCAGUUUGGUGUCUUUCAGCUAGGUCAAUCCCAUAUCGCACCAACUCAGCAACCCCUCCCUGAUGAUGUCACUCGAUGCCUCGAUAGCUUAGAAAAGCUAGUAGCUGAACAGCAAGGUGCCCCACCUCCACACCAUGCUGCUAACUCCAUACCUCACCCUCUGAAUACCAACAUUACACUGGAACCCUAUCCUGCUGGCUUCAAAAUACCACAACUAGAGACUUAUGGGACGAAGGAUCCCGAUGAUCACCUACAUGCUUUCUACUCUUGCAUGAAAGCUCAAAACGCCUCUGACGCGUCAAUUAGCUCUUUUACAAAAAUGGCAUCUGCUUUUGCCACUAAGUUUUCCAGUAGAAGGUUGAUUAGGAAAACUACUUCUGAGUUGAUGCGAGUUAAACAGAGGGAUGAAGAAUCUUUGAAGAACUACAUGAGCAGGUUCAACGAUGCAGUGUUGGAGGUCAGUACCUUUGACCAGGCUGUGGGCAUUGCAGCUGUGAUCUCAGGUCUUAAACAUGAUAGGUUCAGAGACAGUUUGAUCAAACAUCCUACCACCACCUUUAGCGAGAGAGCUGAACAGCCAAGGUUUGUCAGAGAACAGAGGCCACAACCUCAAGGCGUCCGCAAUCCACCAAACAGACAAGUUAUGGGAUAUCAGCAAGCCCCACCUCUGCUCCCACCACCAGCUAGAAUCAUGCACAUGGUUACGGGAGGCCUAGAAGCAGGUGGAUUGAGCUCUAAACAACGAAAGUUGCCUAUGGGAAUAGACACACUGCGAGACAACCAGGAGGUGGCUAGACAUUGCUAUAUUACAUCAGUAACACAACCUAAGAAAGGCAAAGAUCAAACACCCGAGGCCGUCCCUCAACGAAUUCCUAAUAAUCAACAAGUUAUGGGUGUUGAGAUAGUAGAUAAUCGACCGGAAGAUGAAACCAGAGCUGCUCCAGUUGAAGAUGUUGAAGAAUGGCCCAGAAGCGACGUCUCUUCUGGGGGGGAGAGGCUUCAGGCUAUUAAAGAAGAGGUAGAGAAACUUCUACAAGCUGGUUUUGUCAAAAAAGUUGAUUACUGCGAAUGGGUGGCUAACCCAGUCCUGGUGAAGAAGGCAAAUGGCAAUGAAAGGUUAAGUCUCUUGGAUGCAUAUUCGGGGUAUCACCAGAUGCCGAUGGCUCCAGAAGACGAAGAGAAAACCUCGUUCUAUGUUGGCGAUGAAAUUUAUUGCUAUGUCAUGAUGCCGUUUGGUUUAAAGAACGCAGGUGCUACUUAUCAGAAAAUGGUGACCAUCGUCUUCCAAGCUCAGAUCGACAGGAAUUUGGAAGUUUAUGUCGAUGACAUUGUGGUAAAGAGCCUGAAAGCAGAAGACCACCUAGCUGAUCUCGACGAGACUUUCAAUAACCUCCGAAAGAAUAGAAUGUGGUUAAACCUAGCCAAAUGCAUCUUCGGCGUGGAGUCUAGAAAGUUUCUAGGUUUCAUGGUGUCCCGAAGAGGGAUUGAGGUCAAUCUAGAGAAGAUCAGAGCAAUUGCUGAGAUGGAACCGCCGAAAUCAGAGAAAGAUAUACAGAGGUUGACUGGAAGGGUGGCAGCUUUCCAUCGGUUCAUAUCGAAGUCGGCAGAUAAGUGCCUACCAUUUUUCAAGAUUAUGAGCAAGGGUUCAGGAGCUGGUGCUCUCUUGAUUGGCCCAGAUGGAUACCGAACAUUGGAGUUGAAAAUCAACACAAUCCAAGUAUACAGUGACUCCCAACUGGUGGUGAACCAAAUCAACUCAAUCUGUGAAGUUGUUGAUCCUGUCAUGGUGAAGUAUGUAGCCUUGGUGGCUGAGCUGAAGUGCAAAUUCCAAAAAUUCUGUCUGAAGGUCUUAGAUGAACCAAUCUUCAUGAAGCCACGGAUGAUGGAGAUCAGCACAAAUCCUGACACGCCGAGUUCGGCUGACUCAAUUAUCUCCUUUUUACGAGAUGGGAUAGUACCUGAGAACAGGCAGAAGGCAAUGAAGUUGAGAAAGAAAGCAUCUCGGUAUACACUUGUUAAUGGGGUCCUCUAUAAGAGAUCUUUUUCACUCCCUCUUCUACGGUGCUUGAAUCCCUACGAAGCUGAGUAUGCACUUCGGGAGGAUGCCACUCACUUUGUUCAGAGAUGCCCGAAGUGCCAAUUCUUUGCACAUCUGACUCACCAACCAGCAGAAGAGCUCACGAACUUGGUAGCACCAUGGCCAUUUGCUCAGUGGGGACUGGAUCUUCUGGGCCCAUUUGUGAAAGGGGUUGGUGGUGUAACCCAUCUGAUUGUUGGCGUGGAUUAUUUCACAAAAUGGGUUGAAGUUCGGCCAUUAUCCAGUCUUACCUCCAAGAAGAUUGAAGACUUUAUUUUCAGCUCGAUCAUCUGCAGAUAUGGGAUCCCGAAUCAGAUUGUGGCUGAUAAUGGAACACAAUUCAGCUGCAUUUCUUUUCGAGAUUUUUGUUCCAGCUACGGGAUCAAAUUGCAGUUCACCUCGGUUUAUCAUCCGAAGUCCAAUGGUGAAACACCCUGUCACCUGGCCUUUGGUACUGAACCAGUCAUUCCUAUUGAAAUAGGAGUCCCAAGCUUCCGGGUCACCCAUUUCGAUGAAGGACGAAAUGGACAACUGCUUCGGGAAAACCUUGAUCUGCUUACCCAAGUCAGAGAAGAAGCACGGCUUCGAACUCUUGUAUACAAGCAGAAAUUAGCCAACUUCUACAAUAAACGAGUUCACCCUCGAACGUUCAAAGUAGGAGACCUUGUUCUCAGAAAGGCUGGCCUAACAAGGUUUGAAACUCGUUUUGGCAAACUAGCCCCAAACUGGGAAAGUCCUUAUACAGUGGCGGAAGUGCCACAUCCUGGUGCUUAUAUCCUCCAAGACGUUGAAGGGAGGAGAGUUCCUAGAGUCUGGAAUAUCAAUAACUUGAAGAAAUUUUACCCAUAAUAAAAUUCUUUCAAGUGAUCUAUGUUCUUUACACUUCUUACUUCGUGAUUGUCGAAAUUCAUUUUAUCUCUUAUUCUAUGUACCCGAGGUCAAUCAAUUCAUUCAUUCCUUGAACCUCACUCCUGUUAAUGAAUGUCACUUCACAUA